AUGUUCUUCAUAUGUGGAUGUUUGUUCCAUGAGCCUUUUCUGGUGCACAUUAAGAAGAUUAUGUGUUGGAAGGGAAGCAAAGGAACACCAUACACAGGUGGAUAUUACUAUGGAAAGAUAAUAUUUCCUACAGAAUAUCCUUUCAAACCUCCAGGAAUCAGUAUGAUUACUCCCAGUGGGCGCUUUGAUCCACAAAAGAAGCUUUGCCUUUCUACGAGUGAUUACCAUCCUGAGAGUUGGAACCCCACGUGGUCUGUCUCCAUCAUUUUAACGGGUCUCCUUUCCUUCAUGAUGGACAGCAAUCCUACCUCAGGCAGUGUGAUGACUACUGUAGAAGAGAAAAAGAGGCUUGCAAAGGCUUCUCUGGCUUUUAAUUGUAAAAAACCAACCUUUAAGAAGCUUUUUCCUUGA